UUUUUUUUUUUCCUUAUAAAUAUACCGAAUAAAACCUUCUUUUUCUUUUUCUUCUCACUUUUUACAGCUUUUAAUUAUCCAAAAUUUCUUCCAUUUUCAACUUUGCUCGUACAUCGUUACCCACGCUGUUUCAGUCUCAAGUAAACAUGCAACCUAGUCGUAUUGAUCUUUUAAAGAUUACGCAGGUUAAGGAUGUCCUACUUACUAGAAGCCAAGAAACUGUAGUGGGUAAUUUACAUCUGACUGUACAUCAUUUAAUAUUUUGCUAUUCAUCAGGGGAAGAAUUAUGGAUUCCUUAUUCAAUUAUACAUACAGUUGAAAGACAGCCACCUUCAUUGCAGUCAGGUCGAUAUCCACUUCAUAUAAAAUGUCGAGAUUUUAUGAUUAUUACUUUAUCCUUAUUAAAAGAUGGUGAAACACAAGACGUAUUUGAUAGUAUUCAAAAGCUAGCUUGUGUUACAUCUAUUGAGCAGCUUUAUGCUUACUCAUAUAUGCCAAGGACACCUUUUACAGCUACAAAUGGAUGGAAUAUAUAUGAUCCUCUCAAAGAGUAUGGCCGUAUGGGUGUUGAUGUAAAUACAGAUGCAUGGAGAUUCACAUUGAUUAAUAGAGAUUAUAAAUAUUCACCUACUUAUCCUCGUAUAUUAGUCGUCCCUUCUAAAAUUAGUGAUAAUACGCUUAAUUAUGCUGCAAAAUAUCGUAGUAAAGCAAGGAUUCCAGCUUUAUCCUAUUUACACUGGCAUAAUUCUGCAACUAUUACUAGAAGUAGUCAACCCUUAGUGGGAUUUAAACAAGCAAGAUCAAUUCAAGACGAGAAAUUAAUAGAAGCUAUCUUUUCAACUAAUGUACCCAAGGGUCCUAAUGGCGAAGUUGUCUAUGGUUCAACGGCUACUAAUUUGAUUAUAGAUGCUAGACCUAUGGCAAAUGCAGUAGGAAAUGUGGCAAGAGGUGCUGGCACUGAAAAUAUGGAUCAUUAUCGUAAUUGUAAAAAGAUUUAUGUUGCUAUUGAUAAUAUUCAUGUUAUGAGAGAUAGUUUAGGAAAAUUAAGCGAAGGUAUGGAUUCUGCUGAAGGUCAGAUCAAUAGAGUUACUUUACAAAAAUCGGGUUGGCUAAAACAUAUCAGUAUGGUUAUGGAGGGUGCGAUAACGAUUAUAAAGAAUAUACAUGUUUAUAACUCCCAUGUUCUUGUUCAUUGUUCUGAUGGUUGGGAUCGAACAUCUCAAUUAGUCUCGCUGAGUGAAUUAUGUUUGGAUCCAUAUUAUCGUACAUUUGAAGGUAUUCAAGUCUUGAUCGAAAAAGAUUGGAUCUCAUUUGGACACAAGUUUGAAGAUAGAUGUGGCCAUCUUUCAAACGAAAAAUACUUUGUUAACUUGGCAAAUACAAGCGGGAAUACUGCUGCAAGCACAAUUAAAGAUAUGCAAAACAAAUUUUACAAAUCAAAUUAUUAUCAACGUGAGAUAAGUCCUGUCUUUCAUCAAUUCUUAGACUGUGUAUAUCAAUUAUUAUGUCUUUAUCCAACUCGUUUUCAAUUUAACGAACAAAUGUUGAUUGAACUCCAUUAUCAUGUUUAUUCAUGUCAAUUUGGCACCUUUUUAUUUAACAGUGAAAAGGAAAGGAUAAGCCAUCAUCCACAAGAUAAGACUUUCAGUAUUUGGGAUUAUUUUAAUUCAAAUAAGAAAAAAUUUACAAAUGAACUUUAUGACCCUAUGAAGGAUAAGGAUCUUGUAGAUGAUGGUGGCGUUUUAAUGCCGGACGCUUCAAAGGUGAAAUAUUGGGCUUCUCUUUUCAAACGUGAUGAUAAUGAAGUCAAUAGUUUAGGUAUUGCAUACGGGCUAGCAACUUUACCAUUACCUGAAGAGAACACGAGUAUUGUCGUUACAGAAUCAGCAGAUUAAAAAUAUUUAUAUAUAACACUGCCGUUUUUUUUUUUUUUUAUUAUUAUUU